GCUAAAAUUAUUUAUUUCGUUUAAAAUUACAUAAAUGAAAUGCAGUUAGAAAUAUACUAGUUCAGUAUGGAAAUGCUACCUUUUUUAAGCAUUUAAUACAAGUGACUGAAAAAUAAUUAAUCGAUCUAUAACUUCAUUAGAUGAUAUAGAUCGAUGUAUGUUCCUAGCUUAUUGCUAGACUUCGUUAUAUAAUUAAUUAAUUAUACACGAAAAGCAAAAGUCUUUAAAAUGCAGUCACCUAAUCUAAAUAAUGUUAAGAUUGAUGUAGAAUACUGUGGAGCUUGUGACUAUGGAGGCCAUUGCUUAGAUCUUGCAGGAGUAAUAAAGAAGACAAGUCCAGAUGCCAAUGUCACUUGUAAGCGUGGAAGACAAGGUUCAUUUGAAGUAAAAGUGAAUGAUAAAUUAGUUUAUUCCAAAUUGCAAACAAUGGCACUACCUGAUUAUGAAGAAGUAGCAGAUGUAGUAAAUGAUGUAACACAAGGAGCAGAACCAAGACAAAUCAAAGGACAGCAGCCAAUCAACUGUGUAAUAUCAUAACAUUUAUUUAGUUAAAACAAUAAUAAAAGUGUGAAAAGUAUAAAUAAUUUCUCAUAAAUUGUAAAUAUUAAAAAUAA